UGAAAGCAGAACCAGCCCACCAAGGAGGCGGGGCGAGGGACAGUAGAGACUGACGGAGCUGCUCUCUGAAGACCGCUGCUCUCCUCAUCCGCGGAACACGACAACAACAACAAACGGGUUGUUUUCGCACCGCAUCGGGGAUUUAAACGUGUUGGGUUCGGGUCAGCAGCAGGCGACAUCAUGACGGAACUACGACACCGCGGAGCGACCGACGCCGACCCGCCGUCAGAGGACAAGGGGUCCGAGAGCGAGCUGAAGGACGGAGCGUCCGACAGCGACUCCAAGGUGGACUCGGGCCCCCCUGAGGUGCCAGUGACGUCUGACGACACCCCAGAGGUCCUGAACAAGGCGCUGUCGGGACUCUCCUCAAGAUGGAGGAACUGGUGGGUGCGGGGGAUCCUCACCAUGGCCAUGAUCUCCUUCUUCUUCUUCAUCAUCUACAUGGGCCCCAUCGUGCUCAUGAUGAUCGUCCUCUGUGUUCAGAUCAAAUGCUUCCAGGAGAUCAUCCACAUUGGCUACAGCGUGUACCACUCCUACCAUCUUCCCUGGUUCAGAAGCCUCAGCUGGUACUUCCUGCUGUGCGUCAACUACUUCUUCUACGGAGAGACGGUCACGGACUACUUCUUCAGCCUGGUCCAGAGGGAGGAGCCUCUGCGCAUCCUCAGCAAAUACCAUCGCUUCAUCUCCUUCGCGCUCUACCUCACGGGUUUCUGUAUGUUUGUCCUCAGCCUGGUGAAGAAACACUACCGCCUGCAGUUCUACAUGUUCGGCUGGACCCACGUGACCCUGCUGAUAGUAGUGACCCAGUCCCACCUCAUCAUCCAUAACCUGUUUGAGGGGAUGAUCUGGUUCAUCGUGCCCAUUUCCUGCGUCAUCUGCAACGACAUCAUGGCCUACAUGUUCGGAUUCUUCUUCGGACGCACACCCCUCAUCAAGCUGUCCCCGAAGAAGACGUGGGAGGGAUUUAUCGGAGGGUUCUUCGCCACCGUCGUGUUCGGAAUCCUGCUGUCCUACGUGAUGGCGGGCUACCGGUACUUCGUGUGUCCCGUGGAGUUCAACAACGACACCAACCGGUUCCAGGUGGACUGCGAGCCCUCUGAACUCUUCCAGCUGACGGACUACGUCCUGCCUGCGUUCCUGGAGUCCUUCACCGGAUGGACCACGGUGAGGCUCUACCCCUUCCAGAUCCACAGUGUUGCCCUGUCGGCCUUCGCCUCCAUCAUGGGGCCCUUCGGAGGCUUCUUCGCCAGCGGCUUCAAGAGGGCCUUCAAGAUCAAGGACUUUGCCAACACCAUCCCGGGUCACGGGGGCAUCAUGGACCGCUUCGACUGCCAGUACCUGAUGGCCACCUUCGUCAACGUCUACAUCGCCAGCUUCAUCAGGGGUCCCAACCCCAGCAAGGUGAUCCAGCAGCUGCUGGCGCUGCGCCCAGACCAGCAGCUCUACAUCUUCAACUCUCUGAAGACGCACCUCACCGAGAGGGGCCUGCUGCCCGCCCUGGAGCGGGCUGCGGCCUAGAGCCCACCCCCCACCACCCACCACCACCACCUCCCCACUGCCGUGUGUGUGUGUGUGUGUGUGUGUGUGUGUGUGUGUGUGUGUGUGUGUGUGUGUGUGUGUGUGUGUGUGUGUGUGUGUGUGUGUGUGUGUGUGUGUGUGUGUGUGUGUGUGUGUGUGUGAAGAAAAUAAAAGUCCCAAGAAAUAAGAGGAAAUGUCAGGAAACGUCCCAAGAAAGGAUGAAUGAACCGUGACUUAUUGCCUCGUGUGUGUCUGCGUGUGUGUGCAGAGGUGCGUGUGUGUGUGUGUAGGGUUAGCUCAUAGAAUAGCGUGCUAUUCUUCGUUUUAACAGAUCUUCUUGCUGGGUUUUCCAGCGUCGGUAUCUCCCAGCAGUCUGUUUCUGUCUGUACGCAACCUAUCUAUACACACGUGUUAGUGUGGGAACAUGAGAUAUUGAAUAUAUCUGUGUGUGUUUGUAAUGUUUCCCGGUACCAGUUUUAUUUCGUUGGUUUGUUUCAAUGCACUGCCGCUAGACAUUUCUCACAAGCUGUUCUGCCACGCCCGCCUGUUUUUGAUUUCCCACGAUUCAGUUUCAUAUAUCUAACCCGUUGAUGUUUCUAACUCUGUUCUGUGGCGUCUGUCAUGUCGUGCUGUUAUUCUCUGGGAACAAUUCAAUCGAUGGUCCAUUAAGUUUUAUUGUGCUGCGAGUUUCUAUUGUAGAAGUAUUUUUCCUAUUCCACGCCAAACGCUGGUAGAGUUUAUCUAUCGUACGAUGAAAUGGUGUCAUUUAGUUCGUAGAUGGAGCGGACGUUUUAAAAGCAAGGCAUCACUCUCCUCCAUGUGGCCAAAAGGAGGUACUGAACACCGUUAUUGAUAUGAUGGCCAAGCAGGAUGAACGCUGUGUUGUGGGUUCAUGCUGCUGCUUGCGAUGGGCCUUGAGCCAUUGACACAUCAUUGUUUGGCUGUGCUACUCAACCAAAUGUUACAGGCUCCAUCUUAAACACUUAAGUGAGGGAUUUCAAACCAUUUGCUCUUGGAGAAAAACUAUAGAAACAGAAGGAAAGGGAAGACAGCGGGAGCAACGCUCUGUUAAAAGCGUUCUACUGUUAAACGCACUUAUCUUGUUAAAGUGGUGGACUCGGCGUGUCCCUGCUGUGGUUAGUUCUUUGUUCUCGUGGCCAUCAAGGCGCCCCCCUUGGGCUGAAGCACAUCGGGGUGAGGACGCCUCAGGUGUGUCUCCUGCACUGCCAACACUCAUUAGUCUGAGACGUCUAACCGGGGCCAUAGCCUCCAGACCAGACCAGCACCCAGACUGGGUCUGGACCAGCAACGAGACUGGUAUCGGACCAGCAACCAGACUGGUAUCGGACCAGUAUUCCAUCUGCCACUCGAUGGUUCUUCACAUUCAAAUGGUCAAAGGGUUUCUGUGUUUUUGUGAUCAUGUUUUUGUUUGGGUCAUUGUGAAGGGGGGUUUCCGUAGCGAUGUGUUCAGUUUGUUACGUGUCGUGUGUUUUCAGACGUUUAGUGGUCGAUAUGCCCCGCACUGUCCUGCUCCUGAAGCGCUUCAGCUGCCCACGCCAAAGCCCUGUCGUGUGAUUCAAAGCGUGUGGGAUCACGUUCCGUUCGUUUGAUGAGCAGAAUCCACAGGAGCAGGGCCGGUGCUGAUGGAGGUCUUCUACAAUGUUACACUUUGACCUCUGGUCUGUUGUUGCUGAUAGUGUUCCAACUCCUAAGCUAUCGGUGUGUCUGUUACAAAAUAUUCCAUUAAUUAGAUUUUUUUUUUUAAUAUAUAUACAUUAAUAUUAAAACAUUUUGCCAUCAGCUCAUGCUCUUCCAUGACAUGUUAUCCACCUCUUAUUUAUUUUGCUUUCAAGAGGGAAGCCCUCUUCACUGCUGGAUACAGAGUUCACUAUCAAAGUGAAGUAGAGGUAGAAACUUGCGUUGCGUGCAGUCUAACCCUCAGCCAUAAGGGUCUUCUGCCAAGCUGUUUGGAAAGCUCCGCUGUAACCUGGUGAGCUCACAGGUGGCUGUGCUCACCGAGAUGUGUGCUGGAUAGGUCAGUCUUAACAGCCUAUCUACUGGACUGUAGCAAAAUAGGUUAAAAAUGUCACCUAAACAACACCCCCUCUGGUGAAACACUGGUCAAGCAAUGGUUAUGAUUUCCUUCUGAUUGGCUGACUGUUAGCUUUCUCGGCACUAAUUGAACCAAUCAAACCAUUGUGUGGUUUGGCGCUGUUAUUUAGUAACUGUCAAUUUGAGCCGAGGUCCUAUCUUGUCUUGUUGACCAUUGGACAGCAAUAUUAAAAAGUUAUACCUACACAGCAUGCAUCUAACAUUUCAUUUUAUUCAUGUUUCCAUCAAUUCAAGUACUUGCUGUGCACAUUUGCAUUUGCAGAUGAUAUAAAGUAUUGCUGUGCUUUUACUUUGCUACACAAAUUUCUAUAUAUAUAUAAGAUCUAUUAUGAUCCAAUUUCAAAAGGUUUAGCCAUAGUUUGUGUUUUCCUUAAUGUAAAGAAUUUUAAAAUAUAUAUUUAAGUAUAAUGCCAAUAGCGAAGUGUGUGAAUUUUUUAAAUAUUUAUCUCAAGGGUUUUUGAUUUGUUUUGCUCAAGGUUAAGCUGGGCUUUAUAGGAAACACAAACACUUUAGCAGCCGUUAGUGCUUGACCUCAACCAGUGUGAACAGUAGAACUAGUUGUGACAUUUCUCCGUCCUGUUUUUUGGGUGACCACAAGAGGGCGCCACAUCCACCUGUCAGUGUCCGUAUGCGGAACGAAGUCCCGUCGUAGGAAGUAUUUGACCUCUUGCUGUGUCACUGUUGUUUCAAACAUUCCUCAAUUCAACGAACACCCUUGGGUUAAGAGAGCUGCACAUUCCACUGAAAAAGUUUAUGACCCAAACUGAAACCAACACAAGCACUCUUCUUCUGUUGGACGACAGACUGCCAUGGGGAAUUCACAGGAGUUGUGCGGCCUGACCUAAGAAAGGUUACAAAGUUACAUUUGCUUUAAAAUAGAUUGUGCUUAUUACUGUUCAAUAGGUUUGUGUUCAGUUGUGGGCCGCAGAAGCUGUUGUAUCUAUUUACAUGUGUUUUGCUUUUUGUUUCCUCAAAUACAAUAAAAGGAAAAAAGACAGA